UAUUGAAAGGUUAGUUCGAUCUCUUAUUAUAGCAAAGAAAUAUAUAACUCUCUAUAUUUCUCUGUGCUUCAAUGAUUUUUCAAGUAUUAUCUAAUUGGAUAUAUUUCUAGCAUAUCAUAUAUAUAUGAAAAUGAAUGAAAUUAAAAAAGGUUAUUUCUCUCGUGCAGUUAAUAUAAAGUACAUACUUGUUUGCAUUUGCAUGCAGAUUUAAAGGAAAUUUUUCUCAAGUUUUAUUGAUCUGAAUCUAGAAAAAGAAUCUCAUCAACUAUAUCUGUAGCCCUCAGUCUUUUCAAUGGAUAUUUCUUCUGUCAAAAGUUUAUCUGAAAAGGGAAUGAAUGACCCCAAUUUGAUUAAUCCCCAUUGGCAUAUGAACUCUCUUGAUGAGUUCAGCUCACUUGGUGAGAAUCUCCAUCAUCAUCCUCAUCCUCACUCUCACUCUCACUUAAACUUCAACAAUGUCAAAGCUUCCUCUUUUGAUAACAAUUCUCACAUGGGCAUAGACUAUAGAAGCAUGAUGACGAUGAAACAUCACAAACCAAAUGGUUGGAGCUCAAACGAGAUUAAUAACCCAGUACCUCAUCAACAACAAGUUGCUUCUUCUCCCAAUAACCUUUAUUCCUUUGCAGCUGGUUCUUAUGACUAUGUUAUAGACGAAAUGGGUUAUGUCAAGCCUAAGGCGGAAGCACUAGAUGGUUUGAAGAACAACAACACUACUAGUACUUUUUUACCUUCUGAUUGUGUAGUCAAGGUUGCUAAUCAUCAAGGUGCUAAUUGUAAUAAGAGGCUCAUCAACAGCACAAGCACCAAACUUUCUCAAACAAAAGAUCAUAUUCUAGCUGAAAGGAAAAGGAGGGAGAAGCUCAGCCAAAGAUUCAUAGCUUUAUCUGCCAUAGUUCCUGGCCUAAAGAAGAUGGACAAGGCUUCUGUUCUUGGGGAUGCUAUCAAGUACAUGAAGCAGUUACAAGAGAGAGUGAAAAUACUAGAGGAAGAGAUGAGAAAGAGAAACAUGGAAGCAGUAGUCUUUGUAAGGAAAUUCAAGCUCAUUGCAGAUAAAGAUAGCAAUUCACCACCUUAUUCUUCAGAUGAGAAUUAUUCCUCCUUCGAUGAGCCACUACCAGAAAUUGAAGCAAGAGUUUGUGAUAAGAAUGUACUAAUAAGAAUUCACUGUGAGAAAAAGAAAGGGGUUAUGGAGAAAACAAUUGUUGAGAUUGAAAAGCAUCACCUAACAAUUAUCAACACCAGUUGCAUGACAUUUGGAACUUCUUCUCUUGAUUUGACCAUUAUAGCUCAGAUGAACAUGGAGUUCUCCCUUACAAUGAAGGAUCUAGUCAAGAAUCUACGCUUGGCUUUCAGCUUGUUCAUGUGAAAAAGUUUCUAACUUCACAAACAUGAAGGAAAACCCAUAACUAAAGAAUAAUUCCUUAUAUAUGUAUAUACAACUUGCCAUGUUAUUUCAAACUGUGUUUUCAAGGCCUGAACUCAAUUGCUCCCACCACCAAGUUAAAACCAUUUCAUUUCAAGCUUUUGUUUUCCUGUGAGAUUAUUCAUUUUUGCAAGCUUUUUUUUCAGUUUCCCUUUUUUGCAUGGUCAACAUCUUAACCAUGUUCUAUUCACACCUUGCUCUUAUAGAAUAAUCUCACAGCUUGGCUGAUCUUUUUUGAGGGAAUGUUGUAAAAUACAGCUGAAACCUUUUGUUCCCAUCACUUUUCCUUACCUUAAAAAGUGUUUGACAAGGGAGAAAAAGAAAAGAUUGUUUUCUAUCUUUUGGGUGUAAAAAAGAGUUAAGCCUUUGUUUCAAUAGUUUGUAAUUUGUCCAGUGUUUUAGAGGCCUCAGAGUAAAGCUUAAUCUGUUCCCUCUUUUCUUAUGAUGUAAUAAUGUUUUUAUGUGUUGGAAAAAAGAAAAUAAAGAACUGUUUAAA